AUGUCCGCCGCAGCCUCCGCACCGCGACAUCGCCGGUACGUCGACCUGAUGCCCGAAAGGGAGCAGAAGAUUACUCAACUUGUGCGACUCAUGAAGGAGACCUAUGACCCGCUUCCGAAACAGCUGCAGAUCCUGCUGUAUUACUCCCCGACGUCAGAGGACGCGCCGACGCCGCACAACACCACGCGCAGCUACUGCUACUGCGCCCUCAUCUCUCGACAGUGGGACGUGCAAAAGGCGUUUGAAGCUAUGAAGAAGAACGUGGCGUACCGCCUGCGGUGUCACCUCGACGAGCGCAGUGAGCUGCCGUCAGCAGUUUCGAUCCGCGGGUGGGACGAGAUGGAAGUGGUGCGUGCACUGGGUAAGGAGAAGCGGGCAGGCAAUCAGCGCGCCGAUGAGAUCGUCGCCAAGCUCGAGCGAUACUUCCCAUGUGGUCUUCACUACUGGGACAGGUAUGGGCAGCCUGUCUUCUACCUCAUGCUGGGCAGCGUUGACGAGGAAAGCCUGCUGAAGGGGCUGCAGGAGACCGCGGGUGUGGGUGAGUCCAUGGACGCUGUCAUGUGGGAAAUGCUGCAGCACCUGCUGGGCUCUGGUGAGUGGCUUGCGUACUACCAGCAAAUGCAGUACGAUGCGGGCCAGCUCGAGGUGGACGCCUCCGAAGGGCUCAUCCGAGCAACCACGAUCGUCGUAGACCUGCUGGGGUUCACGUACAAGAUGAUCUGGAAGCCGGCGAUUGACCUCUUCGUCACCUGUCUCAAGACGCUGCUCGCUCACUACCCCGAGUGCGUGCACCAUAUUCUCGUAGUGAAUGCGCCGUCGAUAGUGAAGCUCGCCUAUGGCAUCAUUCGCCACGUUCUUCCUAGCACGGUGCAGGCAAAGGUUCGCAUGGCCAAACCGAGCGAGUCGCUGGCGCUGCUGCAGGAACACAUCGAGGAGCGGUACGUGCCAGACUUUUACGGCGGCGCGUGCCACUGCCAGGGUGGCUGCGUGCGUUCGUACAGGCCGAAGAACGCCGCUAACGGCACCACCACUGCUGACCAGGACGAUACCCAGAUCGCCGCGGAGUAG